AUGGUAAACUUCCCUGAGGUCCAGAAGAAGAUCCAGGAGGAGAUCCAGAGAGUGGUUGGAAAGGACCGCCUUCCUGGUUUGGAGGACCGGAACAAAAUGCCCUACAGUAGCGCAAUGGAAUUAGAAUUUUAUCGCUACUACACUCCUGCCGGUGCAGCUGGACCAAGGAACACUACCCAAGACUGCGGCUAUAAAGGUUACAGCAUCCCCAAGGGCACAAAGGUUCUUUACAAUGUAUGGCGUGUACACCACGACGAAUCAUUUUGGGAGAAUCCCUUCACGUUUGAUCCAACCAGAUUCUUGGAUGAUAAUGGCGACCUUCUGCCACCGGAGGAUGAAAAGCGUCAGAGGAAAAUUUGCAUAAGUCAGCCUUAUAAAAUUACACAUGAUUACACGUGUUUUGUAUUAAUUUGCGGACUGCUGACGUUUGGUGUUGGAAAGCGUUCUUGUAUUGGUGAGAAGCUGGCCCGAGUCAGGAUAUUUCUUGGACUGACGUCUAUCCUGCAAAACUUCGACCUUGUUCGUGAUCCGUCAGAGCCUUUCCCUUCAUCCGACCCAAGCACAUACGAGCCUAACUUUAUGCUGCAACCACCUCCAUACAAGUUGCAGUUCAAACCUAGACAUUGAGAGCCACAAUGUCCCUGUUUACGACACACACAUAAGCUUUGAGAUUUGUCGAAAGGGUCAGAGCUUCUGUCGUUAGCCA